AUGGUUAUCAGCGUCCGAGUGCUUAGUGUUAACGUUGGCGGAAAUAGCAACAGCAGCAGCGGUACUUGUAAUAAUAGAGUUAAGUCAGUUAUUAGCAAAAGGAGUAGUUCAUCAGAAGCGGAAAAAGUUAUCAGUAAAGAGGAAAACGAAAACCAGGAGGAGCAGCAAGCAAAGAGUGAAGCUAGCAAUAUCAGUCUGUUGGUUGCAAAAGCCCCUUGCGCAGUUUGGUUCAAACAGCAGCCACAUCAGCUUCUUCAUCACAGUUCCAAGUGGGUACUAAAUUGCUACACACCAGAUCUUAUUUCGGCAGCAUCACAGCUGACACAUCUGUUUGACAAUAUUGGUUGCAGUAUUCAACAUUCUACUGGAACAGUAGCCAGUUUUACAGGCAACGCUUUUGCUACCUAUCCUAGUAAUAAUUGUGCGACAGCACCACCUGUAGCAGCAGUAGCAACAAUAUCUAUCACUAUUACCUCUACAAGCAACUUUAAACUUGCAACAGAGCAGGAUAUGAGCCGAGAGAGUCGACAUGUCCACGUGAUUGGUCUACCGGACAAUCUCUCGGAUGAACGAGUCUCGUCAUUUUUUUCCACGUAA